AUGAUGAUGAUGAUGAUGAUGAUGAUGAUGAUGAUGAUGAUGAUGAUGAUGAUGAUGAUGAUGAUGAUGAUGAUGAUGAUUGAUGAUGAUGAUGAUGAUGAUGAUGAUGAUGAUGAUGAUGAUGAUGAUGAUGAUGAUGAUGAUGAUGAUGAUGAUGAUGAUGAUGAUGAUGAUGAUGAUGAUGAUGAUGAUGAUGAUGAUGAUGAUGAUGAUGAUGAUGAUGAUGAUGAUGAUAUGAUGAUGAUGAUGAUGAUGAUGAUGAUGAUGAUGAUGAUGAUGAUGAUGAUGAUGAUGAUGAUGAUGAUGAUGAUGAUGAUGAUGAUGAUGAUGAUGAUGAUGAUGAUGAUGAUGAUGAUGAUGAUGAUGAUGAUGAUGAUGAUGAUGAUGAUGAUGAUGAUGAUGAUGAUGAUGAUGAUGAUGAUGAUGAUGAUGAUGAUGAUGAUGAUGAUGAUGAUGAUGAUGAUGAUGAUGAUGAUGAUGAUGAUGAUGAUGAUGAUGAUGAUGAUGAUGAUGAUGAUGAUGAUGAUGAUGAUGAUGAUGAUGAUGAUGAUGAUGAUGAUGAUGAUGAUGAUGAUGAUGAUGAUGAUGAUGAUGAUGAUGAUGAUGAUGAUGAUGAUGAUGAUGAUGAUGAUGAUGAUGAUGAUGAUGAUGAUGAUGAUGAUGAUGAUGAUGAUGAUGAUGAUGAUGAUGAUGAUGAUGAUGAUGAUGAUGAUGAUGAUGAUGAUGAUGAUGGUGAUGAUGAUGAUGAUGGUGAUGAUGGUGAUGAUGGUGACUAUGGUGAUGAUGGUGACUAUGAUGAUGAUGAUGAUGAUGAUGAUGAUGAUGAUGAUGAUGAUGAUGAUGAUGAUGAUGAUGAUGAUGAGAUUUCUACCCCCAUCAACCUCUGUUUAUAGCCUUUUCACUAUUUAUUACCAAUAAUGAAAAUUAAAACAUUGAAUUGUUCCAAACAUUAUGGUUGAUUGAUUCAUUCGAUAAUCAGUUCUAAUAUUUGGAAACUCAUGAUUCAUUUAUAACGUACUUUAUUCUAUCAAACACAUCGACAAAAUAUAUCACAAAAUUCACUUCCUAUUGUUUACUUCAAUCUUCCCAUUGAUGUUCCGAACUGAAAUUGAUUAAUCUCUUAUUGGCAUAUAUGCAUACUUUGCUCAUUGCCUCCAUAUUGUCUUUAGUCAUAAGCAUUUUAAACAACGAUGGAUAGUGGCUGUUGAUGGAAUGUAGGACACGCGUUUCAUCGUUUUUGAAAUUCAUCAUCUGGAUGUACCUGCAUCUCACAGUUGAUGUUCACUCCACUUGAAUUUCAACUUCAUCAAAUUACACGAGCUAGUGUCUAUCAGUACUCAAUAGCUAAGUGAAUAACGUGAUGGUUUUUAUAGUGAAAGGUAUUAUAUUUGAGUCUCAGAGUGUACAUCAACUGUUGAAUGUAAAAGUACAUUCAACUGACGAGUCUCAAAUAGCUACCAUUCAUUUUUGUUCAUUAAACUUAUAUUUAA